AUGGCACUUUCUCAAAAUCUUUCACGGCUUAUUGUGCCACUUGCCAUUGGGAUAACUGGAAUUCAGGCUAGUAUUUAUGAUGUUCCGGGAGGUUACCGGGCAGUCAUGUUCGAUAGGUUUUCUGGAGUGAGGAACAUUGCUUCCGGAGAAGGAACACAUUUCCUCGUUCCUGGGCUUCAGCGUGCCAUUUUGUACGAUGUCCGAAUUAAGCCUAGGAAUAUAUCCACAACUACUGGUUCGAAGGAUCUUCAAAUGGUUUCGAUCACCCUCCGUGUUUUGUCGCGACCGGAUGUCGAGCACCUGCCCGAAAUUUACCAAAGUCUUGGACUGGAUUAUGAUGAGAGAGUGCUGCCUUCUAUUGGAAAUGAAGUCCUUAAAAGCAUUGUCGCUCAGUUUGACGCUGCAGAGCUCAUCACUCAGCGAGAAGUGGUCUCCUCGAGGAUUCGUGAGGAUUUACUUACUCGAGCAGGGGAAUUCAACAUUCUGCUUGAGGAUGUGUCGAUUACACACCUAACAUUUGGAAAGGAAUUCACAUCAGCCGUCGAAGCUAAGCAGAUUGCACAGCAAGACGCUGAAAGGGCUAAGUUCAUUGUUGAAAAGGCACAACAAGAGAAACAGGCUGCCGUUAUACGGGCAGAAGGAGAAGCGCAAGCUGCCCGCACGAUCUCGCAAGCUCUGGACAAGGCCGGUGAAGCGUUUGUUACUCUGCGGAGAAUUGAAGCAAGCAAAGCAAUCGCGACUUCUUUAUCACAGAAUCCCAACGUAACUUAUGUACCCAGUGGAAAGGGUAACCUGCUACUCAAUGUACCUACCAAGUAG